AUGAAUAAGGACUGAGCCAGAAGCACAGAGAAGACAGAGCACUGAGUGUGUGUGUAUGUGUGUGUGCAUGUAUGUAUGAGAACACUGCGCAUGUGUGAUUGAGCGGACGGUGAAGGAGAAAGAACGGUAAUGAACGCCAGCUGUGGGUUGACAGCAGGGGAGAGAAAGAGAAGGAGAAGGUAAAGGCUCACCUGAAAACAAGAAGAAGAAGGCAGCAAGAAAGAAAGGAGGACAUAUUAGGAGGACAUAUGAGACAUAUCCAAAGCUUGGGUCCCUGAAUAGAAUAAAAUGAAUAAUGUGUGAAUAGAAACAGAGACAGAUUGGGAUGGAGAAACGGACACAGGAAGAGAAACACUCAGCUACACCUCAAAGGAGAAAGACUCGAAGAGUGAAGUAGAACAAUACCAGAGAACCACUGAUGCUAAGGUUGAUGCAAGCAGACUGAUGUGUCCACCUUGCAACAGCUUCCUCCAUCUUAACAUCUCCUCCAUGUUGAUGAUGCUUUGAGAAUAGAGCGGACAAAAGAGAGGCAGAGAGCAUCCUCACCCCAGCGACAAACAAGACAAAGCAGUUUAUCAAAUGCAAACAGCUUGAUGAGACAGAAAAAGACUGGAGUAUGACAACUGCAUAAAGCAGACAGGACGGUUUGCUUCCUGUGAUGUGCCUCCCAGCGAGUAGCAUGGUUAUUAUCUUCCAUGUUUGAAGACACAAAGCUGAGCAGAGGCCAAAAUGCAACCCCUGACUAAACUGUUUUGGAAACUUAUACAAUAAGAAAUUUGUAUUUAGGUCUGGACUUUGACUGGUCCCAUGAACUGUCCCUGGUGAAGCCCAGUAUCCCCACAGCUUGAUGCUGCCAUCAUCAUGAGGAUUGUGUGUUCAGGGUAAAUGGACCAAAGGAAUCAGACAUACAGAAAAAGGAGACAACACACCACAGAGGCGUCUGUAAAACUGUUAUCAUCCCCCCUGCAUAGUUAUAAUGACUGUCUGAGUUUAAAUUAUAAAGAAGCUCUUAACUCCCACCUCUGAGGAAUUCAAGGAGCCAUUCCAGCAGCUCUCUGGAGCAUUAGAGAACACCUCCCAAAAAAGACUUCCUCCCUUCUGCUUAUCAAGAAACCAAGGAAAAGGGUCAAACAAGGCCUUUGGCCCAAACUGGAACAACAGCAGAGAGGCAGGCAGAAGGGCAUUCUUUUUUCCGCACAAAAUGUGUUAGUCAAUAACAAGCACAGCCGCAGUAAAAAACAGGAAGUUCUCAAGUCGCCUGAGUGAGAAACGUAGUUUUCUUUUGCAAGUCACAGGAAGAAAUGUUAGGAAAUACUUCUGGACCUUUCUGAACUGCCUGUAAUCAACCCCAACAAACUGUAUGAACUGAAAAGUUCCCAACCUCUACCAUGUGUGUGUAUUGACCACAUGGGGUGCAGCGAAUGAAAGCAUAUCUUAGUGCUAAAGUAUUUAACAUUCCUGUGCACUUUGUAGAUAUCCAAGAGUCAAAGAGAACACAGGAACAACAUAAGUACUGUUAAACAACAAAGGCACUGAUUGUAUUUAGUCAACCUUUAUCAAGUUCUGAGAACUAGACUGUUAAAUAAUAUAUAACAAUUAUAGGUUUAUAUAUUUAACAAUUAUUGGUUUGCUGUCACAUAGUUUGAGGUAAAUAUUGUGUACUCUUUUUUUUAUUUAUUGAGACUGACAGAAGCACCCCACAAGGGAAGAUCUUUGUAGGGAACAUGGAGGGAUCCAUCCGUCCCCAUGUCCCCUCUAAUGGCUGAUUUCAAAGAAGGAGAUUAAUCUUCUUCCCCUUGUGCAAAACCAAGCUGAGUUGUCCAGCGCUGAUUAGACCUACAGCCCAUCUAUCUUAGAACUCUAAAAUUGCGCGAAUGUCGUGCCUCAGGCGUCAGCCGCUGGCCAUCCCAAUGGACACUGUCAAGAUCAUUCAAUCGGAGAAGUUUCCCAGAGAGUGCCCUGUUCCCGUCACCCAACCUCGCUAUGCCCCAGCUCCAAGAGUGGCAUGGGAUGGUGGCGGUGAGGGAGAAAUCAUUGUUAACCAGGCCUGCAGUGACCUGACACUAGACAUAGCACCGUCUCCCAGGCCAAUGUUGUCCCCUCCGGCCCCACUGAUGCGCAGGGAACAUAGCUUCCUGGCGCAGCGCAAAACCAGUGCCAAUGAAAUCUGUUACCACCAGUUCCACUACAAGAUGGAAGACGUCAUAGUCAACCAGUAUGUGCUCCGCUCCUCCUCGACCUCCUCCUCCACAUCCUCCUCCUCAUCCUCAGGCCCUGUCAUGCCCUGCGAGCCCCUGGAAUGCCCCACCUGUGGUCACACAUACAACUUUGCCGGGAAACGCCCACGGAUCCUCUCUUGCUUGCACUCGGUGUGUGAGGAGUGCCUGCAAAUCCUCUACGAGUCAUGUCCUAAGUACAAAUUCAUCUCCUGCCCCACAUGCCGGCGUGAGACGGUGCUGUUCACUGACUAUGGCCUCGCUGCUCUGGCCAUCAACACCAGCAUUCUGAGCCGCUUGCCCUCCGAUCCCAAUGGGCCUGUGCAGUGGGGCGGGGAUGCCGACCGCAGCUGCUACCAGACUGUGCGUCAAUACUGCCAGUCAGCCUGCACCUGCCAGAUUGCCAACCCGUUGUCAUCCUGUGGCAUCAUGUAGACAAGAGGGAGGAGGUGAGGACACUGCAAAUAAGACUUACUCUGCUCCCCACCAACACCACUCUUCUCAUUUAUAAGCUAUACCCUUUCUGCCAAGCUCCCUCUCUCACAUGUACAGUAAAUAACUCCCUUCAUAGAUGUUAUCUCUAUAUUUAAUAGCACAGAUGGAUACUGUGUGGGACUUAUGGAUGCUGGUGGUCCAGUAUAAAGUAAAUAAAUGUAUUUUAUGUAUGGACUGGAAAACUAUUCACCACCAUCUCUCAUUUGGUUGGAUGUGUUUGUCAUGACAUCUCUUAAAAUGGGAAUGCCAGGGGAGGGAUGUCCCCCCAACCUAGGAGAAUAAAAAUUAAAUAAAUGAAAGAAGUACCUCUGA